AUGCGUUUAGACGGCCGCCUCUCGUUCGACGAGUCCGAACUCGAGCACGCGGCCAAGGACUUCGGCAACCGCCACAACCACACGCCGCUCGCCGUCCUUCUCCCGAAAUCGGCCAUCGACAUUUCUCAGGUCGUUAAACACGUUUUCGAGAUGGGCCCCACAUCGGAGCUGACCGUUGCCGCCCGGGGAAGCGGCCACUCCUUCGAGGGGCAGUCGCAGGCAAAGAGGGGCAUUAUCGUCCGCAUGGACUCGCUAAUUACCGAGCCGCAUGGCGGCAUGGAAUUCUUUUGUGGGCCCGGAAAUUUAAAACCGUACGUUGACGUGUCGGCAGGCGAGCUCUGGAUAAAAAUACUGCACGAGGCUCUCGGUCGAGGGCUCGCGCCAAAAUCGUGGACCGAUUAUCUUCACCUCACGGUCGGGGGCACGCUUUCGUAUGCCGGGAUUAGCGGGCAGGCUUUUAGACACGGGCCGCAAAUCGAUAAUGUCUAUCGACUUCAAGUUGUCACAGGCAGAGGAGAAAUCGUGAAUUGUUCGGAAGAACAAAAUAGCGAUCUUUUCGAAGCUGUGCUCGGAGGGUUAGGACAAUUUGGUAUCAUAACACAGGCUAGAAUUGCACUUGAGCCAGCUCCAACUAUGGUUAAGUGGAUAAGAGCACUUUACUCGGAUUUUUCUGUGUUCACGACCGAUCAAGAACGGCUCAUAUCUUCUGAGAACUCUUUCGACUACAUUGAAGGCUUUGUCGCCAUAAAUAAAAUGAGCCUUUUGAAGAACUGGAAUUCGAAUUUCACUCCUAGAGAUCCUAUCCUUGCCGACCAGUUCGUGUCAGAUGGAAAGAUUCUGUUUUGCUUAGAGGAAAUCGAAAAUAUUUUGUCGGGACUUAGCUACAUUGAGUCCACACUCUUCGAGACGAAAGUCUCGUACGUCAAUUUUCUCGACCGAGUGCACAUUUCCGAAAUUACCCUCCGAGAGAAGGGCUUAUGGGAGGUACCUCACCCCUGGUUGAAUCUUUUUGUUCCCAAAAGCAGCAUUCGCGAAUUCGCGGAAAAAAUAUUCGGAAAUGUCGUUAAGGAGACGAGCAGUGGUCCUGUUCUAGUCUAUCCGGUCGAUAAAUCAAGGUGGAAAGUACAUCGAAAGUCGCUAAUCACGCCCGAUGAGGAUGUUUUCUACUUAGUCGCGUUUUUAUCUUCGGCAGAUAAAGAUCGUCUGGACAGCAUUUUAACUCGGAACGAAAAGAUUCUCGAUUACUGCAAGAAGUCGAAACUCGGGAUCAAACAGUAUCUGCCUUAUUACAGCACUACAGAGGAGUGGAAGGCGCAUUUCGGGUCACGAUGGGACCUUUUUUCGAGAAGGAAGUCGGAUUACGAUCCUCUGGGAAUCUUGGCUCCCGGGCAGAGGAUUUUCCAAAGUACUUGGAUGUGUCAUAAAAUGCUAAUAAAUACUGGAAUUGGGAAUUAUGUUAUGGAAGUGAUGAAAGUGUGUGUUGUGUGUUCACUGUCUUUGUGCACGACAUUUGCUUUUGAUAAAUUUACUGUGCGCUUCAUGAUAGUGGGCCCGCACUCAUUUUCCUCCAGUUUCUGUCAGAACCGGUUCUACCUGGUAUCAGAACCGGUUCAGUUUCUGUCAUGGUAUCAGAACCGGUUCUACCUGGUAUCAGAACCGGUUCUACCGUGCGAUGACGUACCCGUUUAUGGGAGCCUACUUCUAGUAGGAUUUGGGCACCCAGCUCCGUAUAUGGGCUUGGGCUUUCGAAGGGCACUCAUUUUCCUCCAGUUUCUGUCAUGGUAUCAGAACCGGUUCUACCGUUCGAUGACGUAUCCAUUUUUCCCCACGUACCCGUUUAUGGGAGCCUACUUCUAG